AUGGCUGAUAGGCACCAGAGCCGAACUGUUAGGCAAAAGUUUGCUGGUCAGCUACAUCUUGGUUCCACCCUUUCUCAAGAUAUUCACAGCCAGAGCCACUAUGGCAGCUUCCAGAGGCCUAAUGUCAAUCAAAGGCGUUUUGCAUAUGGAAAUUAUUAUAAUGCAGCAUUGCAGUAUCCUAUGAAUCAUACAUGGGGAUCAACUGAUCGGUCAUUGAUCAGUUCCUCUACCUCACCUCUGCUUAUCCAAUCUCCCCAAGAGAAAGGAUUUACAGGCUUUGCUAUUGAUUUUCUAAUGGGUGGAGUUUCAGCUGCUGUAUCCAAGACUGCCGCUGCUCCAAUUGAGCGUGUAAAGCUGUUGAUUCAAAACCAGGAUGAGAUGCUCAAGGCUGGCAGGCUCUCUGAACCCUACAAGGGAAUUGGCGAAUGUUUUAGCCGGACAAUGAAAGAGGAGGGAAUGGUGUCCCUGUGGAGAGGGAACACAGCUAAUGUUAUCCGUUACUUCCCAACUCAGGCCUUAAAUUUUGCAUUCAAAGAUUACUUCAAGAAGCUUUUCAACUUCAAAAAGGACAGGGAUGGCUACUGGAAAUGGUUUGCAGGAAACUUGGCAUCUGGUGGUGCUGCUGGUGCCUCUUCUUUAUUUUUUGUUUACUCUUUGGAUUAUGCUCGUACUCGCCUUGCAAAUGAUGCCAAGGCUGCUAAGAAAGGAGGCGGUGGGAGGCAAUUCAAUGGCCUGGUUGAUGUCUACAAAAAGACUCUCGCAUCAGAUGGUAUUGCUGGCCUUUACCGCGGGUUUAACAUUUCUUGUGUUGGAAUCAUUGUGUACCGUGGUCUAUACUUCGGAAUGUAUGAUUCUUUGAAGCCUGUGCUCCUUACUGGAAAGAUGCAGGAUAGUUUCUUUGCUAGCUUUGCUCUUGGUUGGGUUAUCACCAAUGGUGCUGGUCUUGCAUCUUAUCCAAUUGACACUAUCCGUAGAAGGAUGAUGAUGACUUCUGGUGAAGCCGUCAAAUACAAGGGCUCUAUGGAUUGCUUCAAUCAAGUCCUUAAGAAUGAGGGUGCAAAGUCCCUCUUCAAGGGUGCUGGUGCCAAUAUUCUUCGUGCAAUUGCUGGUGCUGGUGUGCUUGCAGGUUAUGACAAGCUUCAGGUGCUGGUGCUUGGAAAGAAGUAUGGUUCUGGUGGAGCUUAA